UUCUCCAUACUGCAUCUGUUGCGUAGCAAUGAAGCUUUUCACCGACAUCCCUGUUUUCUUCUGCGUAGUCUAUGCGCAUGUGCUCAGCGUAUGCUACGGUCAAUAUGAUACAAAAGGUCUCAGUGAAAAGAGUGCGAAGACCUGCACGAAGCCCCCCUUUGUUGGCAUUUGUCACCCACUGACGGAGGCUUGGUAUUAUGAUGCUCAAGGCAACACCUGCAAGAUGUUGACACCCGGAGUUUGCGCCGGAGGAAACAAUCUGUUCCCCAGUAUGAAGAAAUGCAUGAAACAGUGCGUGCCCCUGACUCAAUCGUCCUCAAAAGUAUGCCUACAACCACCAGUCGUUGGCCCUUGUGGACCAGUACAAGUGUCCUGGUAUUUUGAACCUGAAACCAUGUUCUGUAAAAUGUUCAACCACACCAUAUGUGGUGGAGUAGGGAACGCCUUCCGGAGUGAGUUGAAGUGCCAAGAGGUGUGCCUACCAACACAGAAGCCGGAGGUUUUCUGCAGCAAACCGCCAAAGCCUGGCAGAUGUUUGUUCGCAAAGAAACGAUACUACUUCGAUGACAAAAAGAAUGGUUGUUUUAUGUUCCCAGAAAAUAAAUGCGGUAGCAAUAGGAACGGCUUUGCAAAGUGGGAGAAGUGCAUGCUUCGGUGCAGCUAUACCAAAUCAUCAAAGCCUUGUCCAACAUGUGAGCAACAAAUUAAUAAUGGGUUGCCUGGUUAUCCCACGACGCCCGGUUACCCGGGUUACCCUCCCGCGCCCGGGGGUCAACCUGCUCCACCCGGAAGUAUCGGUGCACCAAAUCAAAAUCAACUACCAGGCCAGCCAAGUCUUCCUACUUUUCCAGGACAGCCUGGUGCGCCUGGUCAACCUGUCGGAACUGGCAUUGCCAGCAAUGUCAUCCCAACUGGACAUCCCGCCACACCUGGCCAUCCGAACCAACACGGUCUACCAGUAAUAUCCGGUCAAAACCCGACACCGGGCAAGGCCACCGGACAAUUCGGAGCUGGCCAGACUGCCAAACCACAGAUAACACAUCUAUCUGGCUAUCCUACCCAAGCUGGCUGACCAGCCUAACCCUUAAAACUCCAUAAAGCACCACCGCCGACCCCACAACCAUAGGAAAAGAGUGCACGCCACCUCUCUAGCCAAACUCGACUGCUGAGAAAAGGGCCAACCACUCUUAUUGGGUACUCGCAGAAUUCAGGUUAAACAAGAAAAUCCAACUUCACUCCCUUUCCAAUUAAGCAGAAUAUUCAUUCUGAAUACCAUAUAGACUGUGGCCGUAAACAAUACGCCAGUCUGAUCUGCUCAAGAAUACCAGUACAACACACUCAACUUCUUCUGGACAAGCACUGUUUUAUUUUUUAAUAAAGUUUAUUCUUCAUCUCUCUGCA